AUGGCUGAGUACUUUGACCUGGGUCUGCCUUACCGUGACCGACAGACGAAACCGGUCACCAUCGACUCUGCUCUCGCGACCAAUAAAUACAAUGGGCUGUCAAGUGUCCACCAUCACCCAGAUGAGGCCCGAGUUGAGGAGUUUAAGCUGAAAAAGAUGUGGAAGAGUCCUAAUGGAACCAUCCGGAACAUCUUGGGUGGCACCGUUUUCCGUGAGCCAAUCCUUUGUAAAAACAUCCCUCGUCUUGUUCCCGGUUGGACAAAAGCCAUAACAAUCGGCAGACAUGCUUUUGGUGAUCAGUACAGGGCCACAGACUUUGUUAUU